AAGUGAACUGCAAUUAUUUUAAGGAAAGUCCUCUUUCUUUUAUACUACAGCGGCUAGGUGGUUAGUUGUAGCUCUGCUAAAAAUAACUAAUUUCCUCAUUUCAUCACAAUUUUCAAUCACAAAUUCAUUUUUUCUUAUUUUUUAGCUGUGGGCUCAUUUGGAGCCAGUUUCUGUCUGUGAAUAUGCUGACCGACAACAUGUUACUGACCCUCUUCUUUGUUUCAGGUGCUCUGGCUGAUUGUCCUCAGUAUUCACACCUAUUCAUUACUGCACCAAAGCAGAUGGAAGCACUGAGUGGAUCUUGUCUGCUAAUCCCAUGUAUCUUUAGUGCUAAACCAGAUCAGGACUUCAACAGUGUAAGAAAAACCUUCGGACUGUGGAUUAAAAGUGACUCCAGAUUUGGCACCAAUAGAAAUAAUGUUAUUUUCAACAGCAGUGGGACAUUUACCACCUAUCCAAUGAGUAUUACUGGAGACCUGAGUCAGAAACAAUGCACCACCUUGUUUUCCAGUUUAAUCACAAGUUAUACUGACACAUACUUCUUCAGAAUUGAGAACGGGCCAUUCACGGCAACAGCUGAUUGUAAUCCUCUUCAAAUAACAGUUCACGCUGCCCCUUUGGACAAAAGCGGUAGUGUUUUUACCACACAAGAUUCCCCCCCGAGCCCCAGAAUUGAGAUCUCAGGUGAUCUGAAGGAGAAGGAGUCUGUCACUAUAAGCUGCUCAGCUUCCACUCCCUGUCCACACUCCCCUCCUAAACUCACCUGGAAUCUCCAACAAGACCCUCCCAACAACAUAGAGGAGAACACAGAUCGGACCUUCACAACUAAAAUCCAGAAGACCAUCACUCUGUCAGACACACAUGAUGGAUUCACCAUCAGCUGUUCUGCCACAUAUCCUGUGAAUGAAGGAAGAGAAGUCAAGACAGCAGAGGAGAGAAAGACUCUCAAUGUUUCAUACCCUCCCAAAGAUGUUAUGGUGGUCAUCAGUCCCACUGAUCCAGUGUCAGUCGGCAGCGUGGUGAACCUGACUUGCUCCUGCAGAGGAAAACAUCCUGUCGUCAACUUUGUCUGGUACAUGAUCAGUGAUGGCAGACUGGAACUGAUCAAAGCUGAUACACAGGUUUAUGGCUUUAAAGUGACCAACGGUGAUCGAGGCAGAGUGUAUUAUUGUGGAUGCAGAAAUGAUCGGGACAUCCAACUAUCAACAGGAUGUCAGCUGAUAUUUGAAGGUGAACAGGUUGGUGUUGAAGUUAUAUUGAAGAUCCUGGCAGUCAUAAUGCUUGUCAGCACAUUGGUCAUCUUUGAGUGCUGGUUUAGAUCAAGAUGCUCCACAGAACCAGUGAAGGACACAGGAGAAGCAGUUUAUGUCAACAGUGCAGUUGAGUUACAUCCAUCAUGAGCCAGAAGGAGAUGAAGAAGAUGUUAUGUUCAACAAACUGUAUUGUUGAUGCUGCAUUUAUUAGCCUUAGUGUGCCACUUGCAAUAAAGUGUAUAGAUUUUCUUUAAAUACUCAA